CCCCGCUUCCGCCUGUCUCCCAGCAACGUCGGCCCCUCCCCACCAUGGCGCCAGAGGAAAAAGCUGGGAACUUGUGCCUGCUGCGGAGUUUCGAGCGCCGCUUCCUGGCGGCGCGUCCCCUGCGCUCCUUCCCCUGGCAGAGCCUGGAAGAAAAAUUAAAGGAAUCACCAGAUUCUGAGCUGCUACAGGAAAUUUUGCACAAGACUGUGAAACAUCCUGUGUGUGUUCGGCACCCGCCCUCAGUGAAGUACACCCGAUGCUUUCUCUCGGAGCUCAUCAGAAAGCAUGAGGCUGUCCACUCAGAGCCUUUGGAUGAGCUGUACGAGGCAUUGGCAAAGAUCCUGACUGCUGAGGAGUCCACCCAGUGCUACCGGAGCUAUUUGCUGCCUUCAGGAACCCCGCUCACACUCUCAGAGAGCACGGCCAUCGUAUCCCACGGCACCACAGGCCUGGUCACGUGGGAUGCUGCCCUGUACCUCGCAGAAUGGGCCAUCAAGAACCCAUCAGUUUUCACUCACAGGACUGUGCUCGAGCUGGGCAGUGGAGCCGGCCUCACAGGCCUGGCUAUUUGCAAGAUUUGCCACCCCAAAGCAUACAUCUUCAGUGACUGUCACAGCCGUGUCCUUGAGCAGCUCCGAGGAAACGUGCUACUUAAUGGCCUCUCGUCAGAGCCAGAUGCCGCCACUGAUGCAGAGAGACCCCUGGUGACGGUGGCCCAGCUGGACUGGGAGGUCGCCACUGUCCCUCAGCUCUCUGUCUUCCAGCCUGAUGUUGUCAUCGCAGCAGAUGUGCUGUAUUGCCCAGAGGUGGUCCUCUCGCUGGUUGGAGUCCUGCAGAGGCUUGCAGCCUGCCGCAAAGACCAAGCUCCUGACGUCUACGUGGCCUUCACUGCGCGCAACCCAGAGACAUGCCGGCUGUUUACCACGGAGCUAGGCCAGGCCGGGAUCCGCUGGGAAGCGGUGCCUCCUCACGAGCGGAAGCUGUUCCCGUAUGAAGAGCAUUCGGAGACAUCAAUCCUGAAGCUCACACUGUAGGUCUCACCAACAGAUUGGAAGAUUAUUAUGCAAGUUAAGUCAGUAUCGUGGGAAGAGUUUUUCCACAUAGAAAAGCUGAUAAAACUUUCAUUGAA